AUGCCGUGGGACGGGGGCCUCGCCCAUCAUUCCGGGGCAGAUCACCCACCUGGGCCCGACCCCCCAAAUUAUAGUCCCAAACGCCCCAAAACCCCAGACAAGUCCCACACCCCCCCGAAAAAACCUAAAAUCAAAUGGGAAGGGUUUAAACAAGACUUGAACACCACCACCCAGAUUCGGGGGCAACCCCACAACCUAGCCACCCCCUUAAACCCCAGGGAUCCAUCUCAAAAGCUGCCCCGGAAAAUGGACACUUUCCCCAAGGGGCUGGGAGCGCAAUCGCCCCGCUACGAGGGGAUCGCUUCGUCUCGAAACAAGCACCAAACCAAAAUUUACUACGAGACUCACCAAAGGGCCUUUUAUAAGCCUGCACCACCAGCACCCUACAGCAACUACACGCAUACGCAGACGACAUCACACAAACCCUAUGACCCCCCUCCAAAUCCAAAACCAUCAUGA